GGAUAUAGUACAGUAAACUAAGGAGAGUUUGGUUGCUUUGCUGAGGUUCACAGAAAGAAGUUCUUCAUUUUUGUGUGAUUGUUUAUGUUAUUCAUCUGUUUUUUAGCCUUUCAACACACCCCUGGACAGUGUGACUUGUGGGACUGGAGGCUGAAACAGGAAAUCAUGAAGUUGGAGGUACCAGAAAACUUUGAAGAUGUCGCUGUUGAGUUUUCAGAAGAAGAGUGGACAAUGCUUAGUAAACAGGAGAAAGAACUACACACAGAAGUGAUGGUACAGAACUUUGAACACAUGAUUUCCAUAGGAUGUCACAUCCCAGUGGAGCACCUUUGGAUGUUUAUUAGGAAAGAUGAGACCAUUCUACCUAAUGACACUGAAGAAAGAUUGAUGGUGAAGAAAAAACCACGUCCUGGUAACAUUAUUGUUAUCAACAGGAAUGCAGAUUUCACUGAGAUACACAGUCUGCACCCAUUUCAUGGGAAACACCAUGAUGCUGAACAUGACAAAGCUCUCCCAGAUAAGAUGUCAACGACAAGAAAAGGCAAAAUGAAGUUUGAAACCAGAAAUGAUAACUAUAAGGAAAGCAGUGAUGACGUUCUCAAUAAAAUUGAAAUGCAUCUGAAAGGUCUUGGAGGGAAAAGACUGUGCAGCUGGCUUGACAGCAGCAGUUUGGUGUUUCAUAGUAGCAACCAGUCUGAUAAAUUAAUUCACAAUGAAAAAAGACCUAAUAAUAACUUGACAACAAAAGAACAAAUAUGCAACAGAGAGAAAUUACUUAACUGUGCCCCAAAUGACAAAGAUUUUACAGGGAAAAGAAGUUUAGAAGUACAAAAAAAAAAUACUCGUACCAGACAGAAACCCUUUAAAUGUACUACAUCUGACAAGGGAUAUAGAGAGAAGUCAAGGAAGGAAAAACAUCAUGUGAUCCACAUUGAGCGAGUACUACAUAAAUACACCAGAUAUGACAAAGAUGUUACACGUAAUGGUUCAUCAGUACAUAAGAGCAUAAACACUGUACAGAAACCCUAUAAAUGCAGUAUAUGCGAGAAGAGGUUUAAAUGUAAAUACAACAUGAUAUAUCAUGAGACUAUCCACAGUGGGCAGAGACCGUAUAAAUGCAGAAUAUGUGAGAAGAGUUUUAAACGUAAAUACAAUAUGAUAUGUCAUGAGAGUAUCCACACUGGGCAGAGACCUUUUAAAUGCACCACAUGUGGCAAAGAUUUUACCCAGAGGGGAUCUCUAGUAAGGCAUCAGAUUGUCCACACUGGGCAGAAACCCUAUAAAUGCAACAUGUGCGAUAAGAGUUUUAGAAUAAAGAGUCAUAUGAUAAUUCAUCAGAAUAUUCACACUGAGAACCAUCAGAGUAGUUACACUGAGCAGACGCCCUAUAAAUGUGCCACAUGUGGCAAAGGUUUUACACGUAAGCAGAAUCUGACAAUGCAUCAGAAUAUUCACAUUGGCCAGAAACCCUAUAAAUGUGACACGUGUGAUAAGGGUUUUACAUCUAAAGGAAAACUGGCAAGGCAUCAGUAUAGUCACAGUGGGCAGAAACCCUAUAAAUGCACCAUAUGUAAGAAGGGUUUUACAAGUAAGCAAAAUAUGACCGUGCAUCAGAUUGUUCAUACUGGCCAGAAGCCCUAUAAAUGUGCCACAUGUGACAAGUCUUUUACAAGUAAGCAGAAUCUGACAAUGCAUCAGAAUGUUCAUGCUGGGCAGAGACCUUACAAAUGUGCCACAUGUGGCAAGGGUUUUACAGCUAAGGGCAAACUGUCAAUUCACCAGCACGUUCAUACUGGACAAAAACCCUAUAAAUGCCCCACAUGUGACAAGGGCUUUAUUAGUAAGCACAAUCUGGCAAUGCAUCAAAGUAUUCAUGCUGGACAGAAGCCCUUUAAAUGUGCCAUGUGUGACAAAGGGUUUACAACUAAGGGAAAACUGUCAAUGCAUCAGCAUGUUCACACCGGUCAGAAACCUUAUAAAUGUGACACAUGUAACAAGGGUUUUACAAGUAAGCAGAGUUUAACAAUACAUCAGAGUAUCCACACAGGGCAGAAACCCUAUAAAUGUGCCACGUGUGACAAGAGCUUUACAUCUAAGGGGAAAUUGUUGAUGCAUCAGCAUGUUCACACUGGGCAAAAGCCCUAUAAAUGUUCCACAUGUGGAAAAGGAUUUACCAGUAAGGGAUAUCUGGCAAAACAUCAGACUGCCCAUGUUGGGCAGAAACCAUUUAAAUGUAGUAUAUGUGACAAAGGCCUUAUAAGUAAACAUAGUCUGACAAUGCAUCAGAACAUUCACUUUGGGCAGAAACCCUAUAAAUGUUCCACUUGCAAUAAGAGUUUUACCACCAAGGGAGAAUUGGCAAGACAUGAGCAUAUUCACACUGGGCUGAAACCCCAUAAAUGUGACAUAUGUGGAAAGGGUUUUACACGUAAGGAGACUCUGACAAUGCAUCAGAAUGUUCACACUGGGCAGUCACCCUAUAAAUGUGCCAUAUGUGAAAAGGGUUUUACAACCAAGCACACCUUGACAGUGCAUCAGAAAAUUCACACUGGGCAGAAACCUUAUAAAUGUGCCACAUGUAGCAAGGCCUUUACAACUAAGGGAAAAUUGUCAACGCAUCAAUAUGUUCACACUGGACAGAAACCCUACAAAUGUGCCACAUGUGGCAAGGGCCUUGCAAGUAAGCAAAGUCUGACAGUACAUCAGAGUGUUCACACUGAGCAUCCCCCCUCUGGUAGAAGGAAGGAGUCCACAAAAACUGACAGGCCAAAAAAGAGCAAUAAAGAUAACAGAGUUGACUGUUAAGGAUCUGUUAAGCAGCUCCAAAGACAUUUGAAGAGAAGUACUGGCAAAGGCACCUGGAUAUGAACAUUUUCAGAAUACAAAAAAAUAAGAAAAAAGAGGGAAGGUGGAAAAGAGGAUUCAUAAGGUAGACGUUAACCCAAUAGAAACUGAAGUUAUGGAUAGUCUGCAACAUGAAGGAUUUAGUGUAGAAAACCCACCACAGGUAAUGUCGCAGCAUGAUGGAACAAUGAUUCCUCAGAUUAAGGAGCAGUGAGUGGAGUGUGAGGCAUCUGAAGAAGAAGUACAGACAUGAAAGGAAAAAGAGAUCUAGUAUGGUGUAAGCAAACAACAGCUUACAUCACAGCAGGAUGGAGCGAGUCCCCAAAGCAGGGAGAAACAGGAAGAUCAGGAAACAUCUAAAGAAGAAAU